UUAAUACGCAAAUACAUUUAUUUAAUUUGAUUAGCUAUGUGAUAUUGGAUCUCAUUUGAACAAAGACAUUUUUUUUAAUGGUGCUCAAAUAUUAAUAUAAAUCAGCGAACAAAGAAAAGUGUUAAAAUGAAGAAAUUUACUGUUUUAUUUUUAUUUUGUUAUUUUGUUAACGCUUAUAAACCAGUAAUUCUUUUACAUGGAAUUAUGACAGGGUAUGAAACAAUGGAAUUAAUAAAAGGAAGAAUAGAAGAGAAACAUCCAGGUACCAUUAUUUACAACAUUGAAAGGUUUGGAGGAUGGUCAAGUUUAGAUAAUAUGUGGUAUCAAGUUAACGAAUUAAGUAAAAACUUAGUUAAUAUAAGUCAACAACAUCCUGAGGGAGUGCAUUUUUUGGGUUACUCUCAAGGGGCUUUAUUGGGAAGAACAAUUUUACAAGCCAAUCCCAAUCAUAAUGUGCACAACUAUAUUUCUUUGAGUGGGCCACAGGCGGGACAAUAUGGAACUCAGUUUCUACAUCUAUUUUUUCCUGGUGCAGCAUUGGAAACAGCUUUUGAACUAUUUUACUCGAGAGUGGGUCAGCACACUUCAGUGGGUAACUAUUGGAAUGACCCAUAUCAUCAAGCUUUAUUUUACAAGUACUCUCAAUAUUUGCCUUUUGUUAACAAUGAGUUGCCUUCAAACAAAACUGCACAAUUUAAAAAUUCCCUAACCAAAUUAAAAAAGUUAGUUUUGAUUGGAGGGCCAGAUGAUAAUGUUAUAACUCCUUGGCAAUCUAGUCAAUUUGGAUAUUACAAUGGAAAUGGAACUGUUGUCGAAUUUACUGAAAGAAGCAUUUACAAAGAUGAUAGGAUAGGAUUAAAGACUUUAGAUAAAGCAGGAAAACUAAAAAUCGUCACAGUACCUGGAGUAAACCAUUUCAUGUGGCAUUUGAAUGUUUCAAUCGUAGAUAAUUAUAUUUUACCCUACCUCGACUGAUAUGAGAAAUAAGAACUGUGCCAAAGUAAACCAAU